UCGGUGGGAAUAUUGCUUGUGUAAUGUUCGAUUAUAUUUUGAGAAAACAUACUAUCACAAAAAUAAAACUCAGGAAGAUUUUGAACAUAUUCUGUAGCAUUAAAUGCAGAAUUUUUAUAGGUUUGUUCCCAACUGGACUUUUCUUUAUGUUUGCGACUCUGAUUUCUCCUUCACAAUACCAAUUUGGAAUAUUUUUACUAUUAAUUGCAUCUUUUUUCUCUGGAUUUGAAGUUGUAGUAAGUAUGCCGAACAUUGGAGAUAUUGCUCCACAAUAUACAGGAAUUAUUUUUGGAUUUGUGAACACAAUCGCAACAGUUGCUGGAAUUUGUAGCAUUCAAAGCAGUUAUCUGAUUGUAUCUGAUACUCACAAACCACGAGAAUGGCAAAUUUUAUUUGGGAUACUGAUCAUAAUACAAGUUCUUGGGUUUAUAAUAUUUACAAUGUGGGGUGAAGGAACAAUACAAAAAUGGGCCAUUCCAAAAGAAAAGACAGUUGAAUCAGAACUUAAAACUAAUCUUUAA